CAGCGUCGGCCACGUGACCGGUGUCAGGCGGGCGCGGAGAUAAGGUCGGCGACGGCGCACGGGCGGCCAGUCGGCCCUCGACCUCCGACCGCGGCACUCGACCAACCAAAUAAUCAAUGGACGCGACGACGCUCCAACACUCGCUCCUCCACAACCUCUCGCUGCUGGCAGGCGGCGGCGGCGUCGGCGGCGGCGUGGGCGGCGUGGCGGGUGGCCUGUACCCGCAGAACAUGGUGAUGGGCUCCUGGUGCGCGCCCUACGACGCCCUGCAGCGGCCCCCGGCCUACGAUGGCGGGCUGGAGUACGAGGAGGGGCGCGAGUGCGUCAACUGCGGCGCCAACAACACCCCGCUGUGGCGGCGCGACGCCACGGGCCACUACCUGUGCAACGCCUGCGGCCUCUACCACAAGAUCAACGGCGUGAACCGGCCGCUCGUCAAGCCCAGCAAGCGGCUGUCGGCGGCGCGGCGGCACGGCCAGUGCUGCACAAACUGCGGGUCGCGCAACACCACGCUGUGGCGACGCAACAACGACGGCGAGCCCGUCUGCAACGCCUGCGGCCUCUACUACAAGCUGCACGGUAUCAACAGGCCGCUGGCGAUGAGGAAGGACGGCAUCCAGACCAGAAAACGAAAGCCGAAAAAAUCCGGCAACGGCUCCAAGCCCCCGCAGGAGACCAUCAAGAAGGACGAGCACGGCUCCCCCGGCAUGGACGAUAGCAAGUCGAGCAUGUCGGAGGUGCCCCUGCCGCUGACCGCGGCUAUGGUCGGCCACGCGGCGGGCAAGGGCGCGCGCGAGGCGGCGCACGCGGGCGGCGGCGCGGGGGGCGCGGGUGGCGGGCACGGGCAGGCGCAGUACCCGCUGGGGCUGGGCGGCGCGCCCGCCUUCCUGUCCAACCCGUCGCUGUUCAACAUCAACAGCAUCAAGAGCGAGCCCGCGCCGGCGGCGGCGUACGAGGGCUACGCGGCGCCGGCGCCCUACCCGCAGUACCUGCACGCGCUGCAGUACGGCGCCGACGACGAGGGCAGCGGCUUCCUGCACCAGCGGAACGUCACCGCGCACGCCAAGCUCAUGGCUUCCACGUAGCGGGGCGGGCCUCUUCCCCCCUAUCCCCCGUCUCCUCUUGUAAAAUAUUAUAGUUUCUAAUGCGUUAGGUUAAUUCGAAUGUGUUGUAAAUAUUAGGCGUCGUGAUCGCCGGCCAGCUCGGCCGCGGCGGCCGAGGUGUCCCGCCGAGGGUCGUGUCGCACUCGUUGCGCGUCCGCCGCGAUCACGUGUUGUAAUAAAAUUACUAUGUAAAUAAAUAAUAAUACCUUAAGUACCGCAGUUUCCGCGUCCGCCCGCCACGUCUCGAGAUUGCGACAACCUCGAGACGAGGCGGGCGGUCGUUUCUAGCUUCGAAAUUUACCGCCCGCUAAAUCGUCGCGAUUGUCGCGCACGACGUGCGACUCGUAACUUCUUAGUUAAUGAAAUAAAAUUGAAAAUUCAAACAAAUUAUAAACAAAACGUGGAUACGUUUUCUUUUUAGAGCCACUGAAAUAACGGCCCGUUUCUGAACAUCCUGGAAAUAAUCGCAAGUUCAUCCUAAUAGGACUCCAAAAGCACCAUCUAGUGUCGAGGUUAUUAAUCAAGUAUGAUUUUUUUGUUCAGGCCGACGACCUCCUUAGGGUGGG